UUGGAGGUGGCGAGCUGCUUGUUCUCCUUGGCUUGUUUCUAUCGGCUGGAAAUGGACGCGAGCAGCGGUAUAAGCGCCGAUCCGGUGUUUAGGAUCACUGGCAGCGCGUCACCCUUCGCUGCGGGCCCAGAAGAAGUUCUCCGGUACCGCUCACCUCUCGUGUCUCGAUAUGCCAGCAAGGAGAUGGCCUUCAACUUUAGUGACAGCAAGAAAUUCCAGACUUGGAGGCGACUCUGGCUGUGGCUGGCACAAGCCCAGCGGAGCCUGGGACUUCCGAUUACCGAGGAGCAGAUCCAGGAAAUGGAGGCUAAUUUGGAGAACAUAGAUUUCAAGAUGGCAGCCGAGGAGGAAAAGAGAUUGCGCCAUGAUGUUAUGGCUCAUGUCCACACUUUUGCCAACUGCUGCCCCAAAGCAGCACCUAUAAUUCAUCUGGGGGCCACCUCCUGCUAUGUGGGAGACAACACCGAUCUUAUUGUUCUGCGGGAUGGAUUUGAUCUGCUACUCCCGAAGCUUGCUCGGGUUAUAAGCCGCUUGGCUGACUUUGCAGAAAGAUAUGCUGACCUCCCAACACUAGGAUUCACUCAUUAUCAGCCUGCCCAGCUGACAACUGUAGGAAAACGUUGCUGCCUUUGGCUGCAAGACUUGUGCAUGGACCUACACAACCUGGAACGCGUCAGGCAUGAGCUGAGGUUCCGUGGAGUGAAGGGCACUACGGGGACUCAAGCCAGCUUCCUACAGCUCUUCGAGGGAAACCAUGAAAAGGUGGAAGAAUUAGAUAGAUUGGUGACCUGCAUGGCAAACUUCAAAAAAGCAUACAUGGUGACCGGGCAAACGUACAGUCGCAAGGUGGAUGUCGAGGUGCUGUCUGUACUGGCCAGUUUAGGAGCAACGGUGCAUAAGAUAUGCACGGAUAUCCGUUUGCUUGCCAAUCUGAAAGAAGUAGAGGAGCCUUUUGAGAAGGACCAGAUUGGAUCUAGUGCAAUGCCAUACAAGAGGAAUCCUAUGCGGUCAGAACGUUGUUGCAGCUUGGCUCGUCAUCUCAUGACCCUAAUCAUGAACCCCCUCCAGACUGCCUCUGUGCAGUGGUUUGAACGCACACUGGAUGACAGCGCUAAUAGGCGCGUGUGUUUGGCUGAAGCUUUUUUGACUGCCGACAUUGUUCUCAGCACUCUGCAAAACAUCUCCGAAGGAUUAGUGGUAUAUCCAAAAGUAAUUGAGAGGCGAAUCCGUCAGGAGCUGCCCUUUAUGGCCACUGAAAAUGUGAUUAUGGCUAUGGUGAAGACUGGAGGCAAUAGGCAGGACUGCCAUGAGCGGAUAAGAGUGCUUUCUCAGCAAGCAGCUGCUGUCGUGAAGCAGGAGGGAGGAGACAAUGACCUUAUUUUGAGAAUCCGAUCCGAUCCCUACUUUGCCCCGAUACAUUCUCAGUUGGAGCAGCUGCUUGACCCGAAGUCCUUCAUUGGCCGGGCACCUCAGCAGGUGCGGAAGUUUUUGAAGGAGGAAGUGAUUCCCUUGCUUACUCCCUACCAGAGCAAGAUGGAUGUGAAGAUUGAAUUGGACCUGUGAAAUGUGUGAAUCAGAAAUAUUUAUUUUGGAAAUAAACUGAUGGAUUUCAA